AUGGCGUGUAUAAAAAAGACUUCGUAUUUUUGCGUGAUAUUUCUUGUUCUGUUUUCACAAGUACAAGCUUGGUGUACCUCCAGUACAUUCUGCGCACAAUCGCGAGGCGAAUCUUGCUGUGACGGAAAAUGUUCCUUAAAUUGUCCUUCUUGUACCUCUGAUAGAGACUGCCUAUUGGGCGGAUUCUGCUGUGGUCUCGAUGGAGCUCCUAAUCGCCAAUGUGCUAGAUCUUGUAUUGGAAUGUUGUGUAUAUCUGAUCGCCACUGCGCAUCAGGUGAAUAUUGUGAUUAUGAACACAAAACGUGUGCGGGUACUCGUGUUGAAGGAGAUUUGUGUUUCUCAGAUGGCGACUGUUCUAAUGGACAUUGUUGCGGUUCUAAUGACAAACAGUGUUUGGCGAAUUGUAUUGGACAACCGUGCAACUCAUAUCAUGAUUGUUCUACCGGACAAUGUUGUGAUGACGAUAAAAUAUGUAAAACACGAAAUUGCGAUACAGAACGUAAACGCGACUGGCAACUCGUAGUCAGCAUAGGUGCACCAAUUUUUCUUCUUGUGAUCUUCGCAAUGGCGUGGUUAUAUCAUGUAUUACGGUCGUCCGCAGCGACCUCGAGACGUCCUGCUGAUGAAGAAUUAACACAACUUGCAACCACAGGGGCCAUGGAUCUUGCGAGCCAACAAGAACAAGGCAAUUGCAAUGACAUGACACUUUAA